AAAGUUGUGGACAUUAUAUAUCGGCGGCUUAUUCUUUCUGCGUUGUUGUCAUCAGUUUACAUUAAUAAAUGAUUAAAAGCUCGAUGUAGAAUAAUGCCAAGUGGGAUAUAAAAUCUGUAAAAGCUUCGUUUAAUCCAGUCUAAUACUGGAUUAUGUUUCAUGUAGAGUUUUUAUCAUCUUCAUCAACCAUUUUGCAUGCAUAUGAGAGAACAUUUCAAAUCAAUAUGCCUACCAAGCGAACGUAAACAUAAAUUAAGUUCGAAAAAAGUGGAAGCAAUGGAAACAACGAAAUUCAAAUCCCGUUUAUUGCUUCCAGCGUUCUAGCAAAUGUGAAGUGUAUUGGUGAGAGAAGAUUAUUUAAAAACAUUGAUAAGCACGUGAACAUUAAGGAGGUGGCGAUUGUUUACAGUGGGUGUAGAAUACGAUCGCCUAGUAGUAGUACUGAUCGUUGUGCCGAACGAUGCACAACUCGAAUCUGGUGGUUCAAAACCUUGCGUUCCGAGCUAAAAUCGAUAAAACAUGUGGACAGAUGCAGCGACUAGCAGGAUAACUCUGAAUGCCAUCAGAUGUAUCGUUCUUGUUUUCUUCCUGCUACCGUUUUUCUUCAUAAGUUACGCAAGUAAGAUUUUUUGUUUGAAACAGUUAUUAAAUUCUCACCAUAAGCACAUUGUUCUUACAGCUGUUGCUAUCUCUCGACAACUGUGGAUUAUUAUCCUGUUUUGGCGCUAUCCAUGGCUGAAGAGGACCAAAGUGCACGGCAUCAAAAGCUUCGUCGAUCGAUCGCGCAAACCUGAGGUGUUGUGUGUGCUAAUGGAGAUGGAAGGAGAAAUUGAUAUUGUGCAGCUGAGGGAAGAAUUUUUGCAUCACAUUAGUGAUUGCAGCAGCAGCCAUAUGCGACUUUGCCUACCGCAAUUUAUACUUCCUUUCAUGUCUUGCUGGAACAAAUAUUCAUGGUUGAAGGGAACCAGCAGUGCAGAUGAACACAUACUAUUGGCCCCAGCCAUACAACGGGGAAGACCAAUGAAGGAAUUGAUGUGUUUAUUAAACAUCACCAAUGCGACUACCAGCAGCUCAACCAGUAAAGAUAAAGAUUCGUUGAUAACGAGUACAAAAGCCGCCCUUCCGUGGCAAAUCGUGUGCAUUCCUGUAGUGAGUGAACCGCCCAAUGAAUGCGGUGAAAAAUGCUCCAACUAUCUGCUGUAUGCGAUCGAUCUUAAACUGUUGAAUGAAGCGGAGAAACGCAACCUCAGCUACAUCCCCUUGAACGGAUACCUUGAACGAGCUGAGCCAAUGUUUGACAAUGUGUUGGCUAAACCUUACUACAUUCCGCGACUGUGGAACUAUAUUUUUUCUUCGAUUCUUUACCGCUGGAAUGAGUUUGUAUAUCAGCACGAUCCUCUCGAAUCACCCGACAUCGAUCGCAAGCAGUACACAGGUAUGGGUCAAUUGCUAUCAGCUCUAUGCAUUUCCGUCGUGUACGUUUGUGGUGAUUUUGUGUGCUCGUUUCGGUCGAUCAAGGGUAGUCCGUUGGAUAAAAUUGAUUACCUUCAGCGGUUGAUCGAGCGCGAGAUAGACAAGCGCAAUUUUACGAUCCGUACAAUUUGGGACACUUUCCUGCAGUCUAUUGAACCGGUAAAUUUACUAAAAGAAGCGACAUUUUUAGUGUGGAAAAUUAUUGCCACUGUCACACUGAUGGUGCCGUGGUACGCAUGGCGGGAAACUGAAGCUUUGCUGCUGUACAUAUCCAAAGGAACGAUCAAUAACGAUACAAUUGUAGGGUUCAUCAUCGAAUGCUUUCCUAUUUGCUACGGUGUAACACUCGAAUGUUUGCGAAUGAUGUGGCUGCUAUUGGAAGUAACCUUGCAGCUGAAUGAAUAAUAAUGAAAAACAUUUUCUGCAAAUCCAA